AUACGAAGCCUAUAUGGGAAGGUUCAGAUUGCUGGUACCGCGGUUCUCUGCCUUGGUGUGGCAACGAUUACUGACCGACGCAAUCGAAUUCCACCGUUUCUGCAGCCGGCUUUCAUUGGAUCACUCCUGGCCGUUAUUGGAAUGGCUUUCGCGCUAAAUGCAGGUUACGCGAUAAAUCCUGCUCGUGAUUUUGGUCCAAGACUCUUCACUCUUUGCGCUGGCUACGGUUGGAGAGUAUUCAGCUACCGCAGCUACAAGUGGUUUUGGAUCCCGAUCAUCUGUCCAAUGCUUGGAGCCCUUCUUGGAGCCUGGAUCUACGAGUUCUUCAUAGGAUUCCACAUUCCCGACGAUCCAGACACCACCUACAUUCACAAGAUCCUUGACGACCGUAAUCCCGAUGGACAACUCAAAGAAAUCCACAUAGUCGAAAAGAAGCCGUAA